GUUUCACAACUGCAUUAUUAGGGUUAGCAACGCACGAGAUGACUCUUACGAAUGGAAGAAGAAAGUGAAAUAGAACUAAUCAUCGAAAAAAUCGUGAUUAGGAAUGAAUUUGAUAAAUUUGUCUGAUAAAUAUUUAUAGACUGGCUUGAAUAAUAACCGAAACUCUUAAAAGAAUCGUUAAACAACGAACAGGUGUUAAAACCAUGGAUACAAUUUUUCACGAACAGCAAGAGGGAUCGUUGUGUGCCCAACACUGCCUAAAUGCCUUACUCCAGGGACAGUAUUUCAGUCCAGUUGAUCUGGCUGACCUUGCCAAGCAACUUGAUGAGAGUGAGAGAGAGCAAAUGGCCAUUGCAGGAGAACAGUCGGAGGAAUACAAGAAGUUCCUCAAGGAGCCAUCUAGUAACUUGGAUGACAGUGGGUUCUUUUCCAUACAAGUGAUAGACCGUGCCUUGUCUGUUUGGGGACUUGACCUCGUCCUCUACAACUCUCCAGAUCCAGUCGCCAUUGCUGCAAGACAUGAUCCCGUAGCAGAGAAGGCCUACAUUUGUAACUUUCGUGGUCAUUGGUUGACCAUCAGGAAGAUUGGUCAUCAGUGGUUUAACCUUAACUCCUUGCUGACUGGACCUGAGCUCAUAUCAAACACAUACCUUUCACUGUUUCUCAAGCAGCUCCUGGAGGAAGGUUACUCUAUAUUCAUUGUGGGAGGUAACCUGCCAGAGUGUGAGGCGGACAUGUUACUAAAACUUGCUCCAGUUGUACAGCAAGUCAAGCCUAAACUGAUCAACGAGAACCUGUCUGUGUCCAGUAACCAACCAAUGGAGGAGGAGGAGGAUGAUCAACAGUUACAGAAGGUGUUAGCUGAGAGUCGACGGGCAGACGAACACGACGACCAGGCCCUACAGAAGGCUCUGCAGCUUAGCAUGGAGGGCUAUACGUGGGAACCUGUAGCGGGAUCCUCACUUACCUCAUCAAGUCAGGGCGCAAGUGCUGCCUCUGGAUCAGAAGAAAAAAAGUCAGAAUCCUCUCCACCUAAAAGUCCCAAUCCUGAAAAUGUGCGACAAAAACGUUUGGCCUACCUCAACAGACAGUCAUCAAAAACAUGUGAUAAAACGGAACAAAGUUCUCUGGAGGAAAAUCAUGUAUCCUCCAACAAAAAAGACAUUUCUGAAUCAGAGACAGAAAAAGAAUUGCCCAAAUCAGAAUUAUCUACCACAGAUCAGGAGACUAUAGUACAAUCUGAUACGAGUGAAAUGAGUGAAGAGGAGAUGUUAAAGAAAGCCAUAUCCAUGUCCAUGCAGACAGAAGAUAAGUGACACCAAUUCUGUGUCUAGGGUUGUGUCAAGAGUCCUGUACCAGACAUUGCUCAGAUGUAGACAGGCCAGCUUCUAGUCAACACUAGUACUGAAUCUCCAAGCUGCAGGAACUAGAAAAUAACGCCUCCUUUCACUUCCAUUUAUAUUGUCCCAAAAAGUGCACCUUGAUCGCCCAUUGUUUAUAAUAAUGGACAGUUAGAGUGAGAGGCUGCCAGGAUUCUGUAAGGUUCUGACCAACAGUGAGAGGACUCUGGAUGUCUAAUGCUGUUCUGAUCAGCAGUAGGAUGACUUGAUCUCUCAGUUUCUGUAAGGUUGUUCUGAUCUCUUGGGUUCUGUAAGGUUGUUCUGACUUUUUGGUCUCUGUAAGGUUGUUCCGACCUCUUGCUUUCUGUAAGGUUGUUCUGACCUCUUGGUUUCUGAGUGGUUGGGGUCCGAACCUCCAGAUGGGCAUUUCCAUAUCAGAUUCUAUUGAAGUGAUUGUAAAUGUAGGACAAGGUCUGUUGAACAGUUGCUAAUGACUUGUAUUCAUUGUCAAAUGGAUCUUCACUUCAUUGUCAAAUGGAUCUUCUUUUAGGAUGCCAAUGUUGAUCACAGGUCUAUUUCAUUGAGUUGUGCAUGUCUCUGUGCCAUUGUAAGAACCUUUUUGAUAAUCAUGUAUUAUGUCUGAAAGUUAUUUUGGUGAUCUCUGUGUAUGGAAGCCAUUUUGAUAUGAUCAUGUUAUGUCUGAGAGGUAGUUUGAUGGUGUAAAUAUAUCUGACAGCAUGAAUGAUAGUUGGAUUAUCUGUAUGUCUAGAGCCAGUUUGAUUGUCUGAGAGAUUGAUUCUGAUAAUUGUCUUGAGAAGAGUCAAGAACAAGUUCAGUCUACCAUUUCUGAUGGUAAGUUUAAAUGAGAUUAACAUACAUUGUCUGUUAUCAACAUUUCUUGCCCACCUGGCCUGAUUGGCCAAAUGAACUUAUGCUGUGGCACAACAUCUAAUAACAUUUUCUUUAAAACCGCCCGUGAAGAACUGUCUGGUGCAAGGUGGUGAGAUUAGGCUAUAAAUAUAUAGCUUCUAGGGAGGAAGCAUGAUAUUGUUUGUUAAAUGAAAUUACAAUGACCUUUAUUGUAGGUCACAGCAGGAAAAUUGUCAAAAUGUUCAAACAACUUUUAUCAAAAUGCCUUCGAGCAGUUUUGCUAGUUGCUUCUUGACAGAAUGUUCUUGAAAAUUUGUAAGAAAUAUGCUUACCCAUACCCAUAUUAAAGGUUAAAAGUUCAAGUUAGUCAAAUUUGUUCCAAAAGAUUAAUUCAUGAUUUUGAACAAUACAGUGGUUGGGUUACCUCUAGCUUUCUAGGAGUAUAUGUCCAUAGUCCAAUGAAAAGGAAUCUUCAAAGAUGGAAAUAUCUCUUAGAGAAAAAUGAUAUAGUAAGUCAACUUUCCAGUGAAAAAGAUUCUCCAAAGAUGGAAAUAUCUGUCGGGGAGAAAUGAUAAAAUAAGUCAACUGUCAGUGUGUUAGAAAACAAGUCGAUAUCAAAAGUGUGACCUUGAUCCACUUGUACAUAACAUUAUAGGUGAGUGGAUAGAUGAGCGAUACAGACCCAUUGGGCCUCUUGUAUGUAUGGGGAGAAACAUGACUAAAUUAUGAUAAAUCAUUGUAUAUAUUGAUAAGCUUAUUGUACAUGUCAGAAAGUGCAGGCUAUGUAUCACGUGUGAUAACAGGCUAUGUAUCACGUGUGAUAACAGACCAUGUGUCACGUGUGAUAACUUUAUAAACACUUACCGUCCAUAUACAGCCAGUGAACUGCACGUGACGUAAAGGAAUGGAGGACGAGUACCCUAGUAAAGAAGGAUGAUGUAAACUUAACCUUUUGUACUCAAUCCAAAAAUGUCCUCGUCUUCAUAGUUGGUCCAGAUAUCGGCGUACACAUAAUGAAAUGUUGAUAUGUACCGUACCGGUAUUCUUUUUAAUAAAAAUUAUUUCACAAUUGA